GCGUCAUCACAAAAGACGUUUUGUAUUACAAGCCUACACCCAUUUGGCAUUACUAUAGGUUCACACAGGUUCUUCGUCUCACGAAAAGCGCUGCGUGUAAGAACAAGAGACUCAAAAUGGCAUCCGUAUACUGUGUUCUUGUGAGUCUGGUAGUUGUAGCUGCAUUAUCCGGGCAAGCGUAUGGACUGAAUUGCAGUCAGUGUGUCUCGACAACUGAGAACUGCACUGAUGUGAUCGUCCCGUGCAGCAUGGGGGAGAGCUGUUUUAGGGCCAGCGGACGCCUAUGGAAUGGAAUGACCUUCCAGGACGGGUUUCUCAAAGGAUGUGCACCAUGCAACAGCACCGCCCAAGCAUGUGACUAUCUUAACACAACCACUAUUAAGUCUGUGUUUAGCCCAUCGGCGUACAUCGAGACUUGUAACUUGAUGUGUUGUACUGGUGAGAACUGUAAUGCGGGACUUCCGACAACAACGACGACUCCCCCUACUUCCACUCAAACCGUUUAUCCUGGCGGGGGAACUGUGGCCCCAACAUCUGGCACAUCCACGCGUGUCUUCGGCGGACUCGGUCUUGUCGUCUCCGUGCUGGUGGGCUUCUUGUUCUGACCAAGCGUCCACGGUAUCCCUGUGUUCCGAAUGCUGUUAAGAGCUUGGGACCUGGUGAAGAAAGUUUUAUGUGCUUAUUUUUUUGUCUGACUUAGAUGCUCAGUGUAUUUUGUUUGAUUUUAUAGUCGUUUCUAUAUAAUCCUGAUUAAAAAUAUUUCUACCUCCAGUUUGUACGUCUCGUGUAAAUGUAAAAAGAAUGGACUCUUGUUUGGAAAUGUUUUGUCCCACUACUUCUUGUUACUUCCUAUUCGAUUAGAUGUAUCUUUGAUAAUUUUGAAAUCCUUUUUAAAUCUUGAAAAUUUGCACUAAAAUUUACACUCCAUAAAGGACAAGUAUGUACUCAAAGCAGGUGUUUUUGUAUUUAGUGUAAUUAAAUGAAACCAGCUCUCAUAGCGAACAAGGCAGGAAUACAGCCAAUCACACGCAAGAGUAUUUUAUCUAUCACAAUACUUGUCAUUCUCUUACAUUUCGAAACAGACUAUAAAUACAUAUUCAUAGCUUUCUCCUGGCAGUAGCAUCGUUUAACAUGAGUAAGUUUACAGGUCUCGUCGCUCUCGCUGCUUUUAUUGUAUCAGGUACGUAUGAGAAAAAAUAUCCUCCUAUCUGUUAACAUCUAUGAUAAUAUAUCUAAGGAAACAAAAUAUUGCACUGUUCUGGAUGUCGUAUCAACGAGCUAAUGUUUUGUUCAGUCUAUGUCGUUAUGGUGUGCAAAUUCGUGGUUUACUUAUAAAUAACAGGUGCAUUUAUUUCUGUGUAAUCUUUCACACCAAACAACGCAUUUAGAUUGUUAUUGAACUAUGUUCACUUUUUUAAAUUAACAAAAAAAGAAAUCAUGGUCACAUGAAUAUUUUUGGAGACUAAAAGAAGCAAUACAAACUUUAAAAAAUGCUCUCAAUAAACUUAUAAUAUACCACCUAACGUCUCCAUGGAAACGUAAAUCUACAGGAGCUUUUUACGAUUCCUACUACUAUCGCACAUGAAUUAUUAUGGCCUAUUUAUUAUAGUGGCUUACUUGCAUAUAAGGUUUGUUUCGGUAAAUAAGUAAGAUGCUUUACGUAGGCUGGAAUCAUAAUUACAUAUCAUUCUAGAUUCUCUUACUUGUAUUGUAAUUGGUGAGUUUGAAGAUAUCGAAGCUUCUACAUCGAUACUCGGCUGCCAUUCCUAACCUCGAGCAACAACAAAAAAAGAAGCUGGAUUUCAUGGGACGUUUCUAAUGUGAAUAAAGAUGAGUUUGCAACAAAAGCUGCAGAGGAAUGAUAUGUGUUUUUGUCUAUUCAACGAUCAUGAAAAUAAUUGCACUUGCUGAAACUAAUAAAAAUUAUGCUGCGUGUGAAGAGUCAAAUGAAACAGAAUAAUUAAAAAAAGUGAAUUUGUCCAACUGCACAGGAAAUGUGCUAAGAUUGUUAUUAAAACAUUGUCAUUAAAAUUGGGAAAAGAAUAGUUUACACAGGCGCGUUCCCAGGACUAGCCGAGGGGGUGGGGGGCGCAGUCAUAGGUAUAAUAUGGAAAAAGCAUAGUAGUAUUUGAAGAUUCCUUAGUAAGAAAUGACACGCUUUAUGGCCGCCAAGGGGAGUGCACGCGCACCCUACGCACCCAACUGUGUACGCGCCGGUUUCAAGAUUGGUCGUUUACACGCCACCUUAAAGGCCGGUUCACACAAUGACAUGAGUAGAAACAGAAACAGAAAACUUUAUGUGUGAACCGGCACGGCAAAAGCAGAACCCGAAAUAGUAAAUCACUUUGGGCGCUUGCGUCGUCUCGUGUUCAUAUUUCUUUUCUUCUGUCUCUGCUGUGUUGAAUCUGUCAUAGUGUGAUCCGACCUUUACAGAUGGCAAAAAACGAGAAGCGCCGAGACGCUGAACUAUGUAAACGAAAGUUUUACUUAUUUGCCAGUUUUCAUAAUACUACUUAGGCGGUAUGAUACCCUAAAAUUUACCAAAUUUGAAUUAAUUGUGAAAAAAAUUGUUUUCGUCUCAAAGUUACCGUUAUUUAUCCUUGAAAUGUAUGCCCUAGUGUAAUUUAAAUGAAAAUAUAUUUUUUCCUAUAGUAUUCAGCUUUUAAAAAAUGUUGGCGAGCCGUUGCUAGGGGCAACCGGUCUGUUUGCAAUUUGUUUUGAUCUAGAAGUCGGAUUUCAAAGGGCCUAUUUUGAUGGGGUUUUCGAUUUUCUCUUGUUUGUGUUCCCUGUGUUUUAUCCACGUGACUGAAUAGAUCACUAACAAGAGAGUUUACAUGCAGUACCUUCCUAAAUAUCGAUCUUCACAUUUCAACAUCAAAUCAAAAUACAACCUUCCAUUUUACUCUUCAAAUAUGCCUAAAUUCGCUAACCAGAGACGCAAAAAGCGGCGUUUUUGUGGGAACCGCUUUACAGGAAGUCUCAAUUUAGAGGAAAGCGAGUAUAAGAGAGUUGAAAACAGUCCUAAUGAGUCGGAAAACGAACCGAGUUGUUCGACUGACAUGGAGCCUGUUCAAGAAGGCAAUCCUGCAAAAUCUGCUUCUUUUCGAAAGCUUUCGAAAACCGCUGUUGAGGCAGAUACAGUGCCUAAACCUUCCCAAUCCACUGCAAAGGUAUCUGAUGCUAAGGUGACCGGGUAUCGUUUCGUGGAUAUGGACAUUCUUAGCAAUAUUUUCGCUUUGCUACGAUGUGGUGACUGUGGCGAGUUCUGCCUCGUGCUCGGGGAAGACGAGCACAACCGGAAGGGUUGUGCCUCGAAGCUACGUCUAACCUGCCAGAACUGUGACUGGAAGCAUAUCACUUAUACUUUGAAAGUUCAAGGGCAAAGUUAUGAAGUGAAUCGCAGACUGGUUUACAGCAUGAGAACACUCGGAAAGGGACAUACUGGAGCCAGAAAGUUAUGUUUACUUAUGAACAUGCCGCCACCACCUACUGCGAGGGCAUUCACUAAAAACUCGCGCACACUGCUGAAGCAUGUAAAGGAAAUUGCAACCAAAAGUAUGGGUGGUUCUGCAAAAGAGCUUAAAGCAGAUACAUCGGAUGGGCCAACCAAUUGCAGUGCUUCAUUCUAUGGCACCUGGCAGAGAAGGGGCUUUUCAUCUCUGAAUGGCUGUGUCACCGGCAUCUCUAUUGACACAGGGAAAGUUCUCGAUGUAGAGGCCCUUACGGUGUCCUGCAAACAAUGCAAGCUGCAUGAUCAUCUAGAUAAGGAUAGCGUGGAAUACAGUUUGUGGAAGGCAGAUCACAACGACUGCAAGGCCAACUUCAGGGGUUCCGCACCUGCUAUGGAGCCUGAGGGUGUACAGCGAAUCUUUAAUCGUUCUGUAGAGACCCACAAUAACUGGUAACUCCCUUCGAAAACUGAAACGUGACACCCCAGGUCUAGGCGGCAAAGGCAAGCUAACCGAUGCACUCAUUGACAAACUACAGAAUUAUUAUGGCAUUGCCAUACGUUCAAAUGUUGGAAACUUGGAGCAGAUGCGUAAGGCAAUUCAUGCUAGUCUUAUGCAUUGUGCUUGUAAUGAAGCCAGAGUGCUGCAUGACCACUGCCCGACUGGAAACACAAGCUGGUGUAAAUAUCAGAAAGACAAAGCAGACCACACCAAUACAUUUAAGCACAGUGCUGGUCUGCCAUUGGAGAUACUGGCCAAGGUAAAGCCAGUAUAUGUUAGGCUAAGUGAAGCCAGUCUGCUGGAGAAAUGCCUACAUGGCAAAACACAGAACCAGAAUGAGAGUUUGAAUGCAAUGAUUUGGCAGCGAGUGCCCAAGGAGGUGCAUGUCGGCAGGGAUAUUCUGGAAUUGGGCUUGUAUGAUGCUGUAUGUCAUUUUAACAUGGGGUACAGCUCUGCACUAAGACUGUUGGAACCCCUCAAAAUCCCUGCCGGCAAAUAUACGGAAGCAGGCUGUGGCCUUGAGGAUACUUCUAGAGUUCGGCUUGCAGAGUAUAAAAGUAAGGAGGCAUCUAAAAAAAGGAGAAAGGUCCUGAGAGGCAAAAGAAAAAAGAAAGAGGACAAGAAGAAGCAAGCUGAGGGCUCUCUGUAUGAUCCUGGUGGAUUUUAGAAAGUAUGAUCUGAACACUGCCCUCAUAUUAUGAAUUUACACAUUUACGUUAUCUUUAACUUGAGAUUUCUCAAAUUGUGAGAUUUCCGUAUAUUAGUAAUACUCUAACAGUGAUAUCUUCCAGAGGAUUUGUUGGAAUUGGCUAUUUUUUUCAGGGGAUGUGCAGUAUAUGUAUUCUUAUACAAAGACCUAAAGGAUAAACAUUUGCUUUAAAUCUCAAAUUGAAAAUAAUUUUCAAACCUGACAAACAAAUAUCCAAAUAUUAGUUUCUGACAAAAUAUUCCUCAAAUUUGAAAAAUAUCACCAGGGUAAUUUCUAUACUUCAUUGUAUGCAUAUGUUGUAGUAGAAGAUUUCCUAAAAGUUUGGUGGCUAUUGAUAAAAAAAUAAAGGAGUUAUCACUGUAAGACUGGAUACCAUGAUUUCGGGGUAAUUAAGCCCCCCUGGUUGCCAUAGCAACGCAAUGUUUUGUCAAGUAUGUCAAUAAAUUUAUCUGAUCACA